AUGGAUGACUGGUACCACCCAGUGAUCUUCCCAGAUGCACGGAACUUCCGCCCCUUCACUUCUGAAUCUUUGGCUGCAAUUGAGAAGCGGAUUGCCAUCCAAAAGGAGAAAAAGAAGCUCAAAGGCCAGACAGCAGCAGAACCUCAGCCUCGACCUCAGCUUGAUCUAAAGGCAUCCAGGAAGUUGCCCAAGCUCUAUGGUGACAUUCCCCGUGACCUGAUAGCAAAGCCCCUGGAAGACUUGGACCCGUUCUACAGAAAUCAUAAGACAUUUAUGGUGUUGAACAAGAAGAGAACAAUCUACCGCUUCAGUGCCAAGCGUGCCUUGUUCAUUUUUGGGCCUUUCAACUCAGUCCGAAGUUUAGCCAUUAGAAUCUCAAUCCAUUCAUUGUUCAGCAUGUUUAUCAUCUGCACUGUCAUCAUCAACUGCGUGUUCAUGGCCACGGCUGGUGGAAAGGAAAGCAAUGCUACGGAUAGCAAUUAUACUUAUGCUGAGUAUGUCUUCACUGGGAUUUAUAUUUUUGAAGCUUUGAUAAAAAUAUUGGCAAGAGGUUUUAUUCUGGAUGAGUUUUCUUUUCUUCGAGAUCCAUGGAACUGGCUGGACUCCAUUGUGAUUGCAAUAGCGUUUCUGACAUACAGUAAGGUCCAGAACAACGGUCUGUCAUCCCUGCGUACCUUCCGAGUGUUGAGAGCUUUGAAAGCAAUUUCAGUAAUUUCUGGUCUGAAGGUCAUUGUGGGUGCCUUGCUGCGCUCUGUGAAGAAGCUUGUUGACGUGUUGAUCCUGACUCUCUUUUGCCUCAGCAUCUUUGCCCUGGUAGGUCAGCAGCUCUUCAUGGGAACCCUGAACUACAAAUGUGUCAACAAGACCUGUGGAAACACCAGUAACUUUGACGAUUCGUGCUUUGAAAUGAAAGAUUCCGAGUUCAAAUUGUGUAGCAUCUGGUCGGAAGGGACUUGCUCCUCUCAAUAUGUAUGCAUGCACACCAACACGAAUCCUGACUAUAACUAUACAAAUUAUGACAACUUUGGCUGGUCUUUUCUUGCCAUGUUCCGGCUUAUGACCCAAGAUUCCUGGGAGAAGCUUUAUCGACAGACCUUGCGUACCUCGGGGCUCUUCUCAGUCUUCUUCUUUGUGGUGGUCAUCUUCCUGGGCUCUUUCUACCUGAUUAACUUAACCCUGGCUGUUGUCACCAUGGCUUAUGAGGAACAGAACAGGAAUGUAGCUGCUGAGACAGAGGCCAAGGAGAAGAUGUUCCAGGAAGCCCAACAGCUGUUAAAAGCAGAAAAGGAGGCUCUGGUUGCCAUGGGAAUUGACAGAAGUUCACUUAAUUCCCUCGAAGCAUCAUCUUUUUCCCCAAAGAAGAGAAAGCUAUUUGGUAAUAAGAAAAGGAAGUCCUUCUUUUUCAGAGAGUCUGGGAAAGAACAGGUUCCAGGAUCAGAUUCUGACGAAGAUUCCCAAAAACAGCCACACCUCCUAGAGCAAACCAAACGACUGUCCCAGAACCUGUCCGUAGACGUCUCUGAAGAGCUUGGAGACACUUUUCAAAGGCAAAGGGCACUGAGUGCUGUCAGCAUCCUCACCAUCACCAUGCAGCAACAAGAAAAAUCCCAGGAGCCUUGCCUCCCGUGUGGGAAAAGCCUGGCAACCAAAUACCUCAUAUGGGACUGUAGCCCCCGGUGGGUGAGCUUUAAGAAGGUCCUGAGAAUCGUGAUGACCGACCCCUUUACUGAGCUGGCCAUCACCAUCUGCAUCAUAAUCAACACCCUCUUCAUGUCCUUGGAGCAUCAUGGCAUGAGCAACAGUUUUCGUUCUAUGCUAAAUACAGGAAAUUCGGUUUUCACUAGCAUUUUUAUGGCAGAAAUGUUUCUAAAGAUCAUUGCGCUUGAUCCCUACCACUACUUUCGCCGAGGCUGGAACAUUUUUGACAGCAUCGUUGCUCUUUUGAGUCUUGCAGAUGUGAUCAUUAAACAGCCGAAUUUCCGUAUCUUAAGAGUGCUGAGGGUCUUCAAGUUAGCCAAAUCUUGGCCAACUUUAAAUACGCUGAUUAAGAUUAUAGGCCACUCCGUCGGAGCCCUUGGAAACCUGACUGUGGUCCUGGCCAUCGUGGUCUUUAUUUUCUCGGUAGUUGGCAUGCGGCUGUUUGGCUCUCAGUUCUGUCAUUUUAAAACAAAAGUAAAAUCCUGUGACGCUGAAGGCUCAUGUUUACGACGCUGGCACAUGGGGGAUUUCUUCCACUCCUUUCUGGUGGUAUUCCGCAUCCUCUGCGGGGAAUGGAUCGAAAACAUGUGGGAAUGUAUGGAAGAAGCUAAUAAGUACAUGUGCAUUAUUGUCUUUGUAUUGAUCAUGGUGAUAGGAAAACUUGUGGUACUGAACCUCUUCAUUGCCUUGUUGCUCAAUUCCUUCAGCAAUGAGGAGAGAGAUGGAAACUUGGAAGGAGAGGGCAGGAAAACCAAAGUCCAGUUAGCCCUGGAUCGGUUCCACCGGGCUUUUUGUUUUGUGAUAAAUACCCUGGAGCAAUAUUGUUGCAAGCGAUGCAGGAGGCAAAGCUCACCAAAGCAAAAAAAGGUGGCAGAGGGCUCUUCUGCAGAGAACAAAGACAUCAUUCCCUUGGUCGCAGAGAUAAAAAAGGGCCCAGAGACCUGGGAGGAGUUCGGUGUACUAACUUCUGCACCAAGGCCCUUGAGUGUUGGGCAUGCUCAGACUCUGCUGGCGCCACUUGCAGAGGAAGAAGAUGAUGAUGAAUUUCUUGAUGAAGAAAAUGCACAGACUGUCACACAACCUGAGGCUGGAAAACAGGUCUAUGAGCUCCAUCAGGAGGCCAAGUCCUCCAGCCCAAGAAUUCAAAGUGUGGAAAUUGAAGUGUUACCUGAAGAUGCUGCUUAUCUGUCAGCACAGAAUCCCCGAAAGAAGUCUGAUUCUAUCAGUGUGCUCUCAGAAUGUAGCACCAUUGAUCUGCAGGAUCCCUUUAGGUGGGUACCUGAAAGUAUUCCCCAAAAGGAACUAGACAGAUGUUUUCCCAAAGGCUUGUGUCGCUGCUUCCCAUGCUGUGCUGUGAACAGGAGAAAGUCCCCCUGGAUCAUUUGGUGGAACCUGCGGAAAACCUGCUACCAAAUAGUGAAACACAGCUGGUUUGAGAGCUUUAUUAUCUUUGUGAUUCUGCUGAGCAGUGGAGCAUUGAUGUUUGAAGAUAUUAACCUUCAAGAUCAACCCAAAAUCAAAGAAUUACUUAAAUUUACUGACAAUGUUUUCACACACAUUUUUAUCCUGGAGAUGGUUCUGAAAUGGGUGGCCUUUGGCUUUGGGAAGUAUUUCACCAGCGCCUGGUGCUGGCUCGAUUUCAUCAUCGUGAUUGUGUCCGUGACCAGUCUCAUCAAUUUAAAGGAAUUGAAAUCCCUCCGGAUUCUGCGAGCACUGAGGCCCCUGCGCGCACUGUCCCAGUUUGAAGGAAUGAAGGUGGUAGUAAAUGCUCUCAUAGGUGCCAUACCUGCCAUUCUGAAUGUUUUGCUUGUUUGCCUCAUUUUCUGGCUUAUAUUUUGUAUCCUGGGAGUAAACUUGUUUGCUGGAAAAUUCGGAAGAUGCGUGAAUGAAACAGAUAACAAGUCCAUAUUAAUAAAUCUGAACGAUGUUAACAACAAAAAUCAAUGUAUAAGUGCAAAUCUCACCUGGAGCAACCGGAAAGUCAACUUUGACAAUGUGGGCAUGGCUUAUCUUGCCCUGCUGCAAGUGGCAACAUUUAAGGGCUGGACAGAUAUUAUGCAAGCAGCUGUUGAUGCCAGAAAGAGGGACGAGCAGCCAAAGUAUGAGAAUGACUUAAGAAUGUACAUAUACUUUGUAAUCUUUAUCAUCUUUGGCUCAUUCUUCACUCUGAAUCUCUUUAUUGGCAUUUUAAUUGAUAACUUCAAUCAACAGCAGAAAAAGAUAAGUGGCCAAGACAUUUUUCUGACAGAUGAACAGAAGAAAUACUAUAAUGCAAUGAAAAAACUAGGAUCCAAAAAACCUCAAAAGCCUAUUCCAAGGCCUCUGAACAAAUGCCAAGGCCUCGUGUUUGACCUGGUCACAAGCCAGGUCUUCGAUGGCAUCAUCAUCAUCUUCAUUCUCCUCAACAUGGUUAGCAUGAUGGCUGAAUCGUAUGACCAGCCUCCGGAGAAGAAGAGCGUCCUUGAAUAUCUCAACCUGGCCUUUGUGGCCAUCUUCACGAUUGAGUGUCUCAUCAAAAUCUUCGCUUUGAGGCAAUACUACUUCUCCAAUGGCUGGAAUUUAUUCGAUUGUGUGAUCGUGGUUCUUUCUGUUGUUAGUACAAUGAUUUCUGCCAUAGAAAACAAUAAGAACAUUCCUUUCCCUCCAACCCUCUUCCGAAUUGUUCGCUUGGCUCGGAUCGGCAGAAUCCUGAGGCUUGUUCGGGCAGCUCGAGGAAUCAGGACUCUCCUUUUUGCCUUGAUGAUGUCCCUUCCCUCUCUGUUCAACAUCGGUCUUCUCCUCUUUCUGGUGAUGUUUAUUUAUGCCAUUUUUGGUAUGAACUUAUUUUGCAAAGUAGGUCCGGGCGAUGGAAUUGAUGAGAUAUUCAACUUUAAGACUUUUGUAGGCAGCUUGCUCUGUCUCUUCCAGAUAACCACCUCAGCAGGUUGGGAUUCCCUCCUCAAACCCAUGCUGCGAACAGAAGAGUCAUGUGAACCCAAGGUAGAUGACUGUCACCUCUCUACCAAAGCCAUAACCUACUUCGUCAGUUACAUCAUCAUUUCCUUUCUCAUUGUUGUCAACAUGUAUAUUGCUGUGAUUUUAGAAAACUUCAAUAUAGCCACUGAAGAAAGUGAGGACCCUUUGGGUGAAGAUGACUUUGAAAUGUUCUAUGAAGUCUGGGAAAAGUUUGAUCCAGGAGCAACACAGUUUAUCAAAUAUUCUGUCCUUUCUGACUUUGCCGAUGCCCUUCCGGAGCCUUUGCGGGUGGCGAAGCCAAAUAAGUUUCAAUUUCUAGUCAUGGACUUGCCCAUGGUAAGCGGAGAUCGCCUUCACUGUCUGGAUAUUCUCUUCGCUUUCACCACUAGGGUACUCGGCAACUCCAGCGGCCUGGACAGCAUGAAAGCGAUGAUGGAGGAGAAGUUCAUGGAAGCCAACCCCUUCAAGAAGUUAUAUGAGCCUAUAGUCACCACCACCAAGAGGAAGGAAGAGGAGAAAUGUGCUGCUGUUAUACAAAAGGCCUUUCGAAAGUACAGGGUGAAGAUGACCAAGUGCGCCUUGGAAGACAGGCCUCAUUCACCCCCCCAGACACUCUGUACAGGAGACUUGUCCGGCUUUGGGGUGGCUGAGGGCAAGGUCCACUGCGACUGA